AUGCAACGUCGUCGGAGACCCCCUCGACCCGGGGUUCUUACCGAUUUGCCUCCCCUCAAGAUCGUGACUAGAAUCGUCGUACUCCAAGCCGCCUAUUAUGCUUGUGCUACGAUCCUCAUCCUCUUCACGGCUCUUGUAGCUGGCACCGCUUUUUCACCAGAUCUAAUACUCUCCUGGCGUAGUCUUAGCGGCGAUACGACGAUUGGAUGGACACUCGGGCUCGUCUGGUUGCUCAACAGCGCUGUUGGUGUCAUAUUCCUUCUCCUCUGGGUCUCCCGUUCAAAACUGAUUCCAGACUUCGCCCUCACAAUCCACUUCAUACACCUCCUCGUCACGUCUUUCUACACCCAUUCCCUCCCUACAAACUUUCUCUGGUGGGGUUUGCAGGUCGUUAGCUCAGCACUCAUGACAUUCUUGGGCAUGUGGGCUUGCCGGUGGAGGGAACUACAGCCCAUCGUUUUCGGCGGGUCCGCUGCGAAUGCGUCAUCGAACGAUGGUGGUAAUAAUGGCACGAAUCAGUCUGGUGAGGAUGCCACUGGAGGUGAAGAUGGUAGAGGUGGUGGUGGUGGCAUUUUCGAAUUUUCAAGGGGGAGGGGCCGUGGCAGGAAUAGGGAAGGCUAUGAGAUGAUUGCAAUGAAAGAGAGAGCUGACGAUCCAGUUUGA